AUGAACUCUUUAAAGAUGGAAAAUGGUCAUUCUAUUCCUAUUAUUGGCCUGGGCACAUGGAACAGUCCACCAGGUGAAGUUGGUGCAGCUGUGAAGAAAGCCCUUGAAGCUGGCUAUCGUCAUAUUGACUGUGCUUAUCUUUAUAACAACGAAGCAGAGAUAGGUAAAGCAUUGGAAGAUGCAAUGAAGGAACUCAGUUUGAAAAGGGAAGAUAUUUUCAUAACUUCCAAGUUGUGGAACACAUUUUUCCGCCCGGAGCAUGUGAGAAAGGCGUGUGAAAAUACGUUGAAGAACUUACGUUUAGACUACUUGGAUUUGUAUUUGAUCCAUUGGCCUGUUCCGUUGCAAAUCUUCUUUCCCACUGGUCCAGAUGGCCGACUUUGUUUGGAUGAUGUCCCUCACGAAGAAACAUGGAAGGAAAUGGAGAAGCUGGUGGACGAAGGUUUAACAAAAUCUAUUGGACUGUCAAAUUUCAAUAAGCGACAAAUUGAAAGUAUUCUGAAACAUUGUCGUAUUAAACCAGUGAAUUUACAAAUUGAAAUUCAUGCAAAUUUCCCUAACACUAAAUUAGUUGAAUAUGCACAGUCGAUUGGACUAACUGUGACUGCAUAUGCACCAUUGGGUUCACCUGCUGGUAUACCAGGGAGAAGUAAUCUGCUUACGGAACCGUGGGUUGUGUCAAUCGCUGAACAUCACAAAAAGACUCCGGCUCAAGUUCUCCUGCGUUAUUUAGUGCAAAGAAACCUUAUAGUUGUGCCUAAAUCUGUAACAGCCAAGCGAAUAGAAGAAAACUUCCAGAUAUUCGAUUUCAAAUUAUCAAAUGAAGAAAUGCAUCAAUUAAAUACAAAAGGCUUGAAUAAGCGUCAGUUCGAAUUACAGCAAAUGAGUGAACAUCCUGAAUAUCCAUUUAAAGAGGAAUAUUGA